AUGGGCUCUAUUGCGAUCACUGGGAAGGUUCGAACCCGCUUUAUCCAAGCUGCGGUACUCCUCUACAUGCUCGAUCCCGUGCGCGGAGAGUCUACCAUACACGGUCUCGAUCAAGAUCCACAUGAAAUAGAGACGCCACGGGAGCGCCUGCUCAAGCGCAAAUUUCUGGACUCGUUCGCCCUCCUAUGCGCUGUCCGCAAGGAUUGCGAUAGCGUCUCCGCGGCAUGUAUGGAAGAAGGCGCACCACAAGGAACCAUUAUUCGGGUCGCCAGCAACGCUGGUGUAGGCCAGAGCACUCUAUCUCAAUUGCGACAGAUCUUAGGCUUUUUGAAUAGUGCCGCAGGUGCAGUUUCCGACCCAUCUGGCGCAGAAGCAGAGCUCUUACUGCAGAUCAUCAAACUCGACAUUACAAAGAUUCGGCACUAUCUUAACAACAUCCGCGACGCGAAGGGCCUUUUUGAGGAUCCUAUGUCAGCUAUCGAGCAACGUGCGAGGGAAUCUUGUGGUUCGAACCCGCAUUUCGACCUGCCAGCUCUUCAGCGGUUCCUAGUAUGGUUUGGGAACAUCUCCGCGAUUAAGGAUCUCCCCUCGAAUGCGGGCCCUGAGGAACUCAUCAUCCAUGUCCAAUGGGCUAGAGAAGCAAAACGACACUACCUCGAGUUCUUGAAGGGUGCAUUUUCCUUCCAAUCACAACUGCCUGGUUGGGUGCGCGCGGUUUUCAAGCUGGGCCGGUAUAGCAUUGCUUCUAGAGUGUUCGUGCAACUCGCCUCCGAGUUUCCUGGGCUUUUCAACCCGAUGACUGUGGAAUGUGUAACCGCGCCGGCACCCACGAGAUUCGCUAUCGAUAGCCAAGAGUUGUCCCUGGCCUGCGUCUUGCGGAGGGUGGUCGGGGCAAGCGCCGAUGGAUACCUCGCUCGGCUUGCAAGUAUCUGGAAUACAGUUGAGCCAGAGGCUCACUUCCGAAAGGCUUGCACCCUUAACCUGAAGGCCCAUGCCGAAAUUCAACUUGUCGGCUUCUACGAUCACCACCCUCAGUUCAAACCGUCAUUUCGUUUUAUUGGUGCCCUUGCAGCUGAAUUGAGCAAGAUAAUGGAGGCAACAGCGAAGCAAGAAUUAGAAAGCCGCCUAGGCAGUCCAAAGAGACCGAUCCCCGCGGAUUCGACGGCAGGAGUGUCCCUUUCUGGGUUGACGAGUUCCGACUCAGCCAGAGUGAAGGGGAUGACAGUGGCGGAUGAGGUUCGAGUCGAAUCCGAGCAAGCGCCCUCUCCUAUCGAGGUUGUCCAUCUCACUGCAGACAGCGAACAGGUGUGCUUUGACUUCGACAGCACACCGCCAAUCACCGACAUGGCCAUUCUAUUCACAAGAGCCGAGGAUACCACUAGGCAAGAUAUAGUGCGCAUGAGUGAUAUCCUCGACCUUUGCACUAACGACCUGUCCUGGUCUGAGUUGGUUAAGAUCUUGAACGUUGAUGACGGGCUUGGCCUCUCUGAGUCCGCAGAUUUGCGAUCCAUGUUGAGUUCAUUGCUGUCGCCAAGAUGCCGUUCCACUAAACUGAGCCUCUCCUAA